GACCGUUACCAUGACUAUGGCAGGAAGAAAUAUGAACAAAUCAUGGCCGACGCGCGUUUUGAUGCCGCCAACUGGUUCAGAAGGAGGGACAGAGAAUCAGAAGACGGAUACCGUAGUUUCGAAAACUACGGCCAAGGAAGCGAGCUUCUCGCUGAACUUGUCAGCCAGCGGAAGAGUGGGGAACUGCUUGAUAUAGUGGUGGAAGUCGAGGGUAGGGAGUUCCCCUGUCACCGGGCUGUGUUAGCAUCCACGCCGUACUUCAAGACCAUGCUGUCCUCAAACUUCGCUGAAAGUAGUUCAAGGGCCAUAAAACUGCACGAGGUUGACCCCACCAGCUUCUGUAAGAUCCUGGACUUCCUGUACACCGGGAAAAUCCGCAUCGGUAAAGACGACGUCCAGAACAUUCUGCAGACGGCUCAUAUGCUACAGUUGGACAAAAUUGUGCAGUACUGCCGCGAGUUCAUCCAAGACAACCUCUGCCUUUCCAACUGUCUGGGCGUCAUGCGCCUGGCCGACCUUUAUGGUCUUUCUGCCUUGAAGACGAAAGCAUGGGACAUGGCAGUGUCAAACUUCUUAGACGUCACACAGGAAGAGGAGUUCCUUAGCCUUUCCGCGCAACAGCUUGCAGAUCUACUCGGAGACGAACAUCUUAAAGUUACGAACGAAGAUGACGUUGUCAAUCCCGUGAUAAGAUGGCUCGACAAUGCCCCUGGGACCCAUCAAACAACAAUACUAAAGAUUAUACAAGAGAUCCGUUUGUCUUGCGUGAGGGUCAGUGUGCUACAGAGGCUGGAGUCACACCCUGUGAUACAGGCGUCAACAGAAUGCCUGGCAAAAAUCACAGCAGUCAGAGAGAAACACCUCCUUGCCACACAGGUAGAAGAUACAACUGGCCCUAGACGUGAAAUACCAGACAACCUGGCAAUCAUUGUCGGCGGUUGGAAUGCAAACAGGAGAUCUGGAUUCACAUUUAAAGGCGAUCCCCCCAUCAUGUAUAAUGCACAGUGGCCAACGCCCAUGGAAAGCAUAAUUUGCCUAGACCCGGACAGUGAGCAAUACUACGACAUCACUACCCUCCCAACGUAUCCUGUUUCAGGGGACAUGAGCGUGGCAAGUGCAGGAAGACACCUGUACGUGACAGGUGGGCGGGUCUAUCCUCCACUCGGCCAGGGUCCUCAUUUUGCUCCAUCCAGGCAAGCCUUUCGGUACGAUUUCCCUUCGGACACUUGGCUUAGGCUGCCUGACAUGCCUCGCGGCUGUGCAGGGCAUCAGUCAGUAGUCGUUGACGGGAAACUCUUCGUGGUCAACGCAACGAGUUCUAGUGCGGUGACCAUGGGUUGCUAUGAUCCUGAAAAGGGGACUUGGAUACAUUCCAUACAUGUGCGCCCGCCAUUGCACCCUUCAUCAAAGUUGGCGGUAACAGCCUGCGGGAACAAGGUUGUAUUCAUCGUGGCAGAGAUCACGGAUGUCGAUGACCGCUCCAACGACAUACAGAAAAGGGCAGAUAUCCAGCAAAGCAAGCUUAAGAGUCAAGGAAAACUGUGUUGCCAUGCGUUUGAUGUGAAAACCAAAGAUUGGAAGUACACCGACAUCGAGACUGGUGCCGGUAGCCUAUCCAUAUAUAAGGACGUGGAUAUUCUUACGACUGCCGUCAAUAACAAGCUUAAUAUCCGUACUGGAUAUGCCCAGUAUUCAGACCUUUACAUCUACGAUGUCGAAGAGAACACCCUAGCGAAGGGUGAUGGAGGAGAUUGGAAAGACGUCGUUCUUCGCCCGCAAUGUGUGCGCGAGUACAGGCACAGCCGAUUGAGACAAGACGUCGAGGGCAUCGUGAAUACCAUUAGCUACUACAACUUUGGAGACCUCUCCAUCCCUACAAAGCAGACGCCCCUUCCCUUUGCCUUAUUUGGCCACACCUUCCUCCAGACCAAGAAGAGCCGCCUCGGGUGGUACUGCCGGGACCUCGUAGAACUGGGGAAAGACGGCAAACGAGAGUCGGGGUCACUCAGCGAACCUACUGGAGCUACGAGCUCUGAAUCUGCCAUGUAUGGUGGCUACUACGACGAAUUUGGCUACCAUGACCCUGACGCGUUUACCCAUGACCGCGACCGUUACCAUGACUAUGGCAGGAAGAAAUAUGAACAAAUCAUGGCCGACGCGCGUUUUGAUGCCGCCAACUGGUUCAGAAGGAGGGACAGAGAAUCAGAAGACGGAUACCGUAGUUUCGAAAACUACGGUCAAGGAAGCGAGCUUCUCGCUGAACUUGUCAGCCAGCGGAAGAGUGGGGAACUGCUUGAUAUAGUGGUGGAAGUCGAGGGUAGGGAGUUCCCCUGUCACCGGGCUGUGUUAGCAUCCACGCCGUACUUCAAGACCAUGCUGUCCUCAAACUUCGCUGAAAGUAGUUCAAGGGCCAUAAAGCUGCACGAGGUUGACCCCACCAGCUUCUGUAAGAUCCUGGACUUUUUGUAUACCGGGAAAAUCCGCAUCGGUAAAGACGACGCCCAGGACAUUCUGCAGGCAGCACGCAUGCUACAGUUGGACAAGAUUGUACAUUACUGUACGUUGUACGUUGGAGGUCGCAGUGACUCUGACAAUGACUAUUACGAUGACGACUUUUACUUUGACAGUGACCAUAACCCUGACAAUUACCAUGACCGCGACCGUGGCCAUGAACAUGAAUCCGCCAACUGGUUCAGAAGGAGGGACAGACAAUCAGAAGACGGAUCCCGUAGCUUCAAAAACCGCGCCCAAGGACGCGAGCUUCUUUCUGAACUUGUCAGCCAGCGGAAGAGCGGGGAAUUGCUUGAUAUAGUGGUGGAUGUCGAGGGUAGGGAGCUCCCCUGUCACCGGGCUGUGUUGGCAUCCACGCCGUACUUCAAGACCAUGCUGUCGUCAGACUUCGCUGAAAGUAGUUCAAGGGACAUAAAACUGCACGAGGUUGACUUCACCAGCUUCUGUAAGAUCCUGGACUUCCUGUACACCGGGAAAAUCCGCAUCGGUAAAGACGACGUCCAGAACAUUCUGCAGACGGCUCAUAUGCUACAGUUGGACAAAAUUGUGCAGUACUGCCGCGAGUUCAUCCAAGACAACCUCUGCCUUUCCAACUGUCUGGGCGUCAUGCGCCUGGCCGACCUUUAUGGUCUUUCUGCCUUGAAGACGAAAGCAUGGGACAUGGCAGUGUCAAACUUCUUAGACGUCACACAGGAAGAGGAGUUCCUUAGCCUUUCCGCGCAACAGCUUGCAGAUCUACUCGGAGACGAACAUCUUAAAGUUACGAACGAAGAUGACGUUGUCAAUCCCGUGAUAAGAUGGCUCGACAAUGCCCCUGGGACCCAUCAAACAACAAUACUAAAGAUUAUACAAGAGAUCCGUUUGUCUUGCGUGAGGGUCAGUGUGCUACAGAGGCUGGAGUCACACCCUGUGAUACAGGCGUCAACAGAAUGCCUGGCAAAAAUCACAGCAGUCAGAGAGAAACACCUCCUUGCCACACAGGUAGAAGAUACAACUGGCCCUAGACGUGAAAUACCAGACAACCUGGCAAUCAUUGUCGGCGGUUGGAAUGCAAACAGGAGAUCUGGAUUCACAUUUAAAGGCGAUCCCCCCAUCAUGUAUAAUGCACAGUGGCCAACGCCCAUGGAAAGCAUAAUUUGCCUAGACCCGGACAGUGAGCAAUACUACGACAUCACUACCCUCCCAACGUAUCCUGUUUCAGGGGACAUGAGCGUGGCAAGUGCAGGAAGACACCUGUACGUGACAGGUGGGCGGGUCUAUCCUCCACUCGGCCAGGGUCCUCAUUUUGCUCCAUCCAGGCAAGCCUUUCGGUACGAUUUCCCUUCGGACACUUGGCUUAGGCUGCCUGACAUGCCUCGCGGCUGUGCAGGGCAUCAGUCAGUAGUCGUUGACGGGAAACUCUUCGUGGUCAACGCAACGAGUUCUAGUGCGGUGACCAUGGGUUGCUAUGAUCCUGAAAAGGGGACUUGGAUAGAUUCCAUACAUGUGCGCCCGCCAUUGCACCCUUCAUCAAAGUUGGCGGUAACAGCCUGCGGGAACAAGGUUGUAUUCAUCGUGCCAGAGAUCACGGAUGUCGAUGACCGCUCCAACGACAUACAGAAAAGGGCAGAUGUCCAGCAAAGCAAGCUUAAGAGUCAAGGAAAACUGUGUUGCCAUGCGUUUGAUGUGAAAACCAAAGAUUGGAAGUACACCGACAUCGAGACUGGUGCCGGUAGCCUAUCCAUAUAUAAGGACGUGGAUAUUCUUACGACUGCCGUCAAUAACAAGCUUAAUAUCCGUACUGGAUAUACCCAGUAUUCAGACCUUUACAUCUACGAUGUCGAAGAGAACACCCUAGCGAAGGGUGAUGGAGGAGAUUGGAAAGAGGACGUUCUUCGCCCGCAAUGUAUGCGCGAGUACAGGCACAGCCGAUUGAGACAAGACGUCGAGGGCAUCGUGAAUACCAUUAGCUACUACAAGUUUGGAGACAACCACAGCAGAAGGCAGACGAUUGGAGGCCACAACAUCCCGACGAGGCAGACGCUUGGAAGCCACCACAUCCCCACAAGGCAGACGUUUGGAGGCCACCACAUCCCCACAAGGCAGACGUUUGGAGACCGCUCCAUCCCUACCAAGCAAACGCCCCUUCCCUUUGCCUUAUUCGGCCACAGUUUCCUCCAGACCAAGAAGAGCCGCCUCGGGUGGUACUGCCGGGACCUUGUAGCACCGAAGAAAGACGGCAAACGAGAGCCGGGAUCACUCAGUGAGCCUACUGGAGCUACGAGCUCUAAGUGACUCGAGUUGGCCCCAAAUUCACGUUAAGUGUGUGAGACAGGCAGAAGCCAAACAAUCAAUAACAUCAUUUCAAGAAUGAAGGACUGCCAGAAAACCUGGUUGAUCAGAUAAUGUGAUCACCACCCCAAGAUCUAAUCGGAGAUUAGGUGGACAUGAACUACUAGCAUUUUGUGAAAAAAAAGGGCUCUACAUCACCAGAUCAUGGUACUAUGGCAAGGCUAUUCUAGUGUUUCGUGUGCUUACAAACAGCUCUGGACAUGUUGGAUUUAUGCUAAGAAUGGUAAAGGCCAAAUGAUUACUGCAUGCUGGUAUAUUAUGAUUAACAUUGUCAAUAGGAUCUGUUCUAAGAUAUUGUCCCCAACAUGUAACUGAUCAUAAAAGACAUAAGUUGUAUUUUAUCAAAUCCUAGAUUGUUUUUCAUUAUUGCAAUUUGCAAGUACCUUAUUAAGUAUAUAUGGUCACAUAACCUGAACCUAAGUUGGACCACUUGGUGUCCUCUAAGCUGAGCAGUAACCACCAUUAUGAUUAAUCACCACUUUGUAAAUCAUUGCUUAUAUAUUUUCGGAUGUUAGAGAUCUAACAGGAUUUUUUUCUUUGCUAAUAAUCAUUUGU